GAAAACGAUUAGUAUCAAUUAGAACCGGCUCGAAAGAACUUGCUCCUCUAAUUUAUAUUCCGUAAACAUACAAUUUUUUGUAGAAAAUUUAUAAAUAUUUUAUAAUCAAAAUAUUUUUUGUUAUUUAAUUUACAGUUUAAAUAAAAUAAAUAAAUAUAAACAUGUCUAGUGCCAAUCCCCCAGUGAAAAAGAGCGCCCAAAACCGUGUUUACAUUAAAAAUGGUCAAGUAGUCAAUUACGAUAAAACCUUUAAAGCCGAUGUUUAUGUUGAAGAUGGUAUAAUCAAAUAUGUUGGUCCCGCCUCCGAAUUUAACAUGCCCGGUGGUGCUCGUAUUAUUGAUGCUGCUGGCAAAUAUGUUAUCCCCGGUGGUAUUGAUCCCCACACCCAUUUCCAAUUCCCCUUCCAAGGUGCUGUUUCUGUAGAUGAUUUCUAUCAUGGUACCAGAGCUGCCGUAUCUGGUGGCACCACCACAGUCAUCGAUUUCGUUGUGCCCGACAAGGGUGAAUCUUUGCUGACCGCCUACAAAAGAUGGCGCAAUUGGGCCGAUGGCAAAGUAUGCUGUGAUUUUGGUUUCCAUGUAGCCGUCACCUGGUGGUCCGAUUCUGUUUCCGAAGAAAUGAAAACAUUGUGUGAUGAAUAUGGUGUGAAUUCGUUCAAAAUGUUCAUGGCCUAUAAGGGUAUUUAUCAGCUGAACGAUGCCGAUAUGUUGGAUGCUUUGGAACGUAUACGUGCCUUGAAGGCUGUAGCUCAAGUUCAUGCUGAAAAUGGUGAUAUUAUUGCCAAGAAUGUGGGUAGGCUAUUGAAGGCUGGUGUCACUGGUCCCGAAGGUCAUGAAUUGUCCAGAAUGGAGGAGGUUGAAGCUGAGGCCGUUCAUCGUGUUUGUGUUUUAGCUCAUCAGGUUGAUUGUCCCCUCUAUGUGGUGCACGUUAUGAGCAAAUCUGCUGGUAUUGAACUUGCCAGAGCUCGUCAACGUUACAACAAUCGUGGUAUUUAUGGUGAAACUUUGGCUGCUGCUUUGGGUACCAAUGGCACACAUUGCCAACAUGUGUGCUUCCAUCAUGCUGCCUCCCACAUUUUGAGUCCUCCCUUGAGAUCUGACCCUGAAACCCCACAGUUUAUGAUGCGUUUGUUGGCCAAUGACAACCUCCAAACCACCGGCAGUGACAACUGCACCUUCAACAAGGAACACAAAGAAUUGGGUAAGGACAACUUUGCCAAUAUUCCCAAUGGUGUUAACGGUGUUGAAGAUCGUAUGUCUGUGAUCUGGCAAAAUGGUGUUCACGCUGGUAUUUUGGAUCCCUGCCGUUUUGUUGCCAUUACCAGUACAAAUGCUGCUAAGAUCUUUAAUAUUUUCCCCCAAAAGGGUUAUAUUGGUGUUGGCUCUGAUGCCGAUAUUGUCAUUUGGAAUCCUAAUGCAACCCGCAAAAUUUCCAAAGAUACCCAUCAUCACAACUGUGAUUUCAACAUCUUCGAGGGUAUGGUAUGCCAUGGUGUACCCGAAAUUGUUAUGGUUCGUGGUCGUGUCUGUGUUGAGGAUGGUAAAGUUAGUGUGGUUGAAGGUCAUGGUCGUUUCUUGAAGACACCCGUUCGUCCUCCUUACAUUUAUGAUGUUAUGGAUGGUGUAGGUGAACCCAGAGAAAAUGUGCUUCAAAAGAAUGCCCAUUUACCUGGCAUGGAACAGGAAAUUAAAAUGCAAGUCCCCAUCUAUAGAUCUUUGGCUUGCGAAACUCCCUCCGUUGCUGCUUAUGGCUGUGAUCAUAUUAAAGGCUCUUGCACAAAGCAAGAAGAACCCCCUAAAAACUGUCCCCGCACCUCAAUUAAGGUGCAAAAUCCUCCCGGUGGCAAAUCAUCUGGCUUAUGGUAGACUUACUUCUCAUCCGUAAUCUCACCAUUUUUAUUCCAUAUUUUUAAUGGAAUUUGUAUAGUUUGUUUUUGGCAUUUUCACUUUCAUAAUUGUUUUAUCCACACUAUUACUUAAUAAAUAAAAGUUAUUUCUAAAUUUUUAA